CCCACAUGGUGGAAGGAGAGAGCCAACUUUUAAAAAGGUUUGUCUACAUUAAGAAUCCUUACCUGGAUGCUUUGGAUGAAGAUAUUCUCUAUCACUUGGAUUUAGGAACAAAAACACAUAACCUACCAGCAAUGUUUGGGGAUGUAAAGUUUGUCUGCGUUGGCGGAAGCCCCAACAGAAUGAAAGCAUUUGCACUGUUUAUGCACGAGGAGCUCGGGCUGGAGGGAGAUGGUAAAGACAUUGAAGAUAUCUGUGCAGGGACAGACAGAUACUGCAUGUUCAAAAUUGGCCCUGUGCUAUCCGUCAGUCAUGGGAUGGGCAUCCCCUCUAUUAUGCUGCACGAACUCAUCAAAUUACUGCACCACGCACGCUGCUGUGACGUUACCAUGAUCAGAAUUGGAACGUCAGGAGGAAUCGGGAUUUCCCCGGGGUCUGUUGUAAUAACAGAUAUAGCUGUAGACUCCUUCUUCAAGCCUUGGUUUGAGCAGAUAAUCUUGGACAAUGUUGUGACCAGAAGCACUGAACUUGACAAGGAACUGGCUGAGGAACUACUCAACUGCAGCAAAGAAAUUCCCAACUUCCCAACCCUCAUCGGACACACAAUGUGUACCUAUGAUUUUUAUGAAGGCCAAGGACGCCUAGAUGGAGCACUGUGCUCCUUUUCUUAAGAAAAAAAGCUCGAUUACUUGAAAAGAGCAUAUAAAGCCGGUGUUAGGAAUAUUGAAAUGGAAUCCACGGUGUUCGCAGCCAUGUGUGGACUCUGUGGCCUCAAAGCUGCUGUUGUCUGUGUGACACUCCUUGACAGAUUUGACUGCGACCAAAUCAACUUGUCCCAUGAUGUUCUGGUGGAGUACCAGCAACGGCCACAGCUCCUAAUCUCAAAUUUCAUCAAAAAACAGAUUGGACUUUUUGACCGGAUGUCAUAAUUCAGCACCUGACCCUUCCUGCAAGUUGGUAGAUGAAGUCUGUUGUUUGUAACAUGUUCAUAUAAUUCUCAGCCUUGGGCUAAAACCAUAAUCAAUUUCAAAAAAUCUAAAAAUCGAAUUUGUUGUAUUAAGAUUUAAUACCUGUAUGAAAUUAAGUUUAAAUUCCAUUUUAAAAUCAGUUAACCAAAACAGUCUAAUAAUUAAAAUUUUAAACUCAUGGAUUGUGACAUUUGGAGUUUCAUAUGCAGCAUUAAUUAAGCUUAUAUCAAAGUAGACCAGCCAUUUGUAGAUAGUUAGCAGUUACUCUCUGAAACAGAUCCAGAAAUUUGUGUUAGGAUGUUGUCAGGCACUUCUAGAUGUUGGACAAGUAACAGAAAUUGAUCAUGCACAUUCAAAAUAUUUACAAAAAUGUGCCAGUGUAAUAUAGAUCUGUGUGGAAGUUAUCCUCAGGGAAAUAUGGUCACAGUUAUCUUCUGUCCCUGCACAAUUUCAGUGAACACAGAAUGGAAUUAGAGGUUUACAAGUGUCUGCAUUUGUGAUUUUCACCAAACAUAGCAGUUCUGAAUUACACUUUUUUUUUUUCAAAUGAAAGCCCUUGGUAAAGACUUUUUUCCUCUGAAAUCAUAAGUGACUAAAUUGCCUUCUAGCGAUCUUUUUUUUUUUUUUUUCUUAUAAGGAAAUGUGUCAUGAGGAAGCUGUAUUUUUUUUUUUUUUUAUUUCAAUAGCUACCAGAUAAGCUGAAGAAUUAGUAACAAUCGAAUUUCAACUAGAGCCCAAGCUACGGACUAAUCCUUUUGUGUGACUUUGAGUCAGGUCCUACAUGUAACCCCAGCCAUUUGACGCUGAGUGACAGCAUAUAGUAGGGGCUCUCCAUGAAUGAAUCCCACACUGGGGUUUCUUCUGAACUUAGUUCAUUUAGGAGUUGUAAAGAAUGAAUGAGAGAAGGGUGAAGGAUGCCAUACAAACUUGUACAGUGUGUAAUGUUAUGUACAUAUAUUUAUAAGACUGUAAACAAAUGAGAUUUAAUUCUAACCAUGCUGUGGAGUAUUUGGAUCCUGAGCAUUGCAUAAGGCUGAAUGGAGACAAGAGGCAGGAUUCCCUGCUGAAGACAGCAGGCUCCAUGCUAGUCUGGAAUUGGCCUGAUCCUGUGACAAGAAUGGACUUCUCUUUAAAACAAUAAAUGAUUCCCUAAAAGGUG